AUGUCUGAGUCUUCGUGCAGAUAUGUAGUGGACGGAAACGCAAUGGUUCUUUCGGCAACAGACGUCGUGCGGCGGCGACGAGUGCGUCACUCUGAAGGCAUUCCGACUAUAAUUAUCGGAAUCUCCUACCCAUUGACCGGUUCCGUGUAUAGCCACCGCCGGAAUCAAGAUCUCACUCCGCCUUGCGAGGCAUAUGAACCGCUUAAUGGUCCGCAUGGGAAUGCUCCGACACCCCAGUUUGGGGGUGCAGAUGUGUUCCUCCAUUUCAUAACACAUACAAUUCACCAUUUUGUGUUCUCAUCAAUAUUUCCGCAGUUGUCAGUCCGGGAGACGGCUCUAUUUGGUCACUCUUUUGGGGCUCUCUUCACGCUUCAUGCCCUCUUCACAGCCCCUGCGAGCUUCGAUGUUUACCUUGCGGCCAGCCCCUCGAUUUGGUUCAAUGGAAGCUUCAUACUACAAGAAGAAGAGAGCUUCUACCGCAUGCAAGAGUCACAUCAUCGACCAAAAGUAUGGCUAGCCUAUGGGUCUCUUGAACAAUCUCCAAAGCCCCAGAGAAACCAAACGCAGGCAGAAUAUGAGAAACGAUUGGCUGUGGCGGAGGAGCGACGUAUGGGUGACAACUGUGACCAUAUGUUUGUUCGCUUGAUGCAAAGUGGGCGAUUACGGUCAGUUCUCAGAAGGAAGUAUGAAGAUGAGGAUCAUGGGAGUGUCAUUGCAGGGGCAUUGAGUGGUGCCAUUUUCCAUUUCCUUGAUCAAGAUGAUGAUUAA